GCGCUCAUAGAGUCGUACAUCGACGACUCAUCUCGGUUCGGUGCGGUUCAGAAGAGAUCUCAUUUGUGUUUGUUUGUGUGCAACUGCAACUCAAGCAAGUUUCCUCCCUGCACUGUGACCAUCGGCAGCGUAAGCGGUCAUUCCUACAGGGAUUUAAGAGCACGCAAAGAAAGUGCAACUGCAUCUACAUUGUCAGUAUAAUUCUGCUCCUUCUCAUCACUGGGGGCUUGGCAAUUGCACUAGUGAAACAUACUUCACCUCAAGAGUGCAACAACUGCCCAAAAGGUUGGAUGGGAUACAAUGGGAGAUGUUACUAUUUUUCCAAUGGGACCAGAAAUUGGAAUGAAAGUCUUGAAUUCUGUUCAUCGCUUGGUGCUUCUCUGGUCAUAAUAAAAACCAAAUCAGACCUGGAAAUCAUCAACCGUUACAAAGAACAUUUUUACUACUGGAUUGGACUGACAAAAGGAGCUGAAGGGUGGCGAUGGGUGGAUGGAUCACCUUUUACAAAUGACAUAAUCACACUUGAGAAUGAGGCACCAAACCUGAACUGUGGUUACCUGAAUACAGAGAAGAUUGUUACCAUAGUCUGUGAAUCUCUCAGGCGCUGGAUCUGUAUCAGAGAUGUCAACCAUACCUUUGGCCCCUCCAGAGCUGCCUCCUGAGGGUCUGGCUGCGCUUGUAGCAAAACCCCAGUUUUUCGUUUUUUUCUUUUUAAAUGCAUUCCCUCUUUCCCCAACCAUUUCUGACCUUGUCUCCCCCUCUCUAUUCCCUAUAGAUAAGUAUAAGUGAGAUAAGACAUAGGAUAAGCUUCAGCAUUUGAUUUUGGUAGCAAGUUGUAUUUGUUUUGUUUUUUCCCCCUUCUUUAUAUUGUAAAAAAAAAAUAGCUCCCUCUGAAUGACCGAACCAUCAACACCAAUACCUGGACCAAUGACCCAGCCCUUGGAACCAGCCUCGGCAUUUAAGAAACAAAAGAUGAGGCAACCCACCAUUGUGCCAGGCUCCACAUGCUCAGUAAGAACACCUGGAGCCCUCUGGGACCAGACUGACCUUGCCUGGACAGGCCCUCCCCAUAGGAGACCAGAGGUAGUCUGCCCCAUAAAAGGGGUAGCGAAGACUGACUCCUUGGGACGCCCUCUCCAUCUGGACCAGCACUACACCACUCCACCUAUCCACCCAGAGGCCCUGCCAGCGACCCCACUCCCGACAACACCUACUGGACAAGGACCCUGUCACAGAGCACUGAGGUGCCCUGUGCCUGAAGAGGGGAAAACUGCUAGGGAAGGAGUCCUAGCAAUGACUAAGGAGCACAGCUGUGGGUUGCCAGGGUGACCAAAGCAGGUCAGCUGACCAGAAGGGGCAGGGCCUGGCCCUUAUAAAGCCCCGGAGCUGAGGCCUGAGGCAGUUCCCUGCCAGUAGCCAGAGAGGCUGGAGCUCCUGGAGUAAUGAUGUGAGAACCGCAGGUACAGCUUGACUUGAGUUGAGCAAUGUUGUUGUAGCCAGGUGGCUUACGUUUGAGUUAUAGCCAGGAGGCUCAAGUUUGUGUUGCUGUUUGUUAAAACCGGUGGUUUGGGUGAGGCUAUUAGGGGUUGGAGGAGGCCUCAUAGGGGACUCACAGCAGAGUGUGAGAACCCCAGCGCCAGCAGGCGCAGCACACGGGGUGCAUACACCCCAGCCCCAGAGAGGGGCGCUUGAGAAGCCCCAGAGCAGGCGUGGCGAGCCCCAGAGAGGGGAGCACUAUUGAGAAGCCCAAGUGGGGUGCGGCGAGCCCCAGGAGGGGGGCAGCAUGACUGAGAAGCCCAAGUGUGGGCACGGAGAAGGAAGGCCCAGGGAGAACAGGAAGGGGCCAAGAUUAGGAUAGACCUGAGUUAACAUCGGCGAGGUGUGGACUGCAGUGUAGGGGAGGAAACAGAGCCGCAGAUAGCGCCCCCUAGCAGCGGGGCAGUAUAAGGGCAGCCUCCCGCUGAUAAACACUAAUUAAUUAAGACCAAGGCAUGGCAGGAGAGUAGGCGGGCGGUUGCCCCAGGGACAGGUGUGUGGGCCACAUUGAGGGCGGCUCAGAGUGACUACCUGUCACAGACCCCUUUCCAGCCUGGAUAUGUAGCUAUCACCCCCUACCCUCUCUUCAACCAAGGACUUGGACUCUGCUUAUCUUCCCUGCGUGGACUCCAGCCCUUCCACUGAAUCUCUUUCUCUUGCUCCCAUUGUGAGUGCUUGUGUGUGUGUGUGUGUGUGUGUGUGUGUGUGUGUGUGAGUGAGUGCUUGUGUGAGUGUGUGUAAGAACCAAGCUGUACAGUAAAGUGUUUAUUUAAUAAAACUGUUAUUUGGA